AUGAAACCAAAUCAUAAAGGAGAUUUGAUGAUUUUAUUAAAAUAAGAUAAAAGAAAUUUCUUAGCAUUUUGUGGUGAUGGAACUAAUGAUACAUGUGCAUUAAGAUAAGCAGAUGUUGGUUUAGCAUUAUCAACAGAAGAUGCUUCUUUAGCUGCACCAUUUACUUCUUCUAUUUUCAAUAUAUCAAGUUUAAUCACUUUAAUUAGAGAAGGUAGAGCUUGUUUAGUUACAUGUGUUGAAUGUUUUAAAUUUAUGACUCUUUAUUCAUGCAUUUAAUCAGCAAUGGUAUUAUAAUGUUAUUUUUGGAAUACAGAUUUAUCAUUAUAUUAAUAUUUAUAUUAGGAUCUAUGGUUAAUCAUUCCAUUAGCAUUUACUAUGGAUUUGACUAAUGCUUUUCCUUCUUUAGCUAGAUACAGACCAAUAAGUGAUUUAAUUUCAAUCCCUAUCAUAUCAUCUGUCACUAUAACAGCAUUAACUAGUAUUGCUAUCUAAAUUGGUUUGGUUUAGUAUCUUACAUCAUAAACUGAAUUUGAAUUAGAUGAACCAGAUGAAGGUACUCCUGGAUAAAUUAAUACUGUAAAUAAACUUAAUUAUUUUUAUAGAUUUUAAUUCUUCUAUCUAAUUCUCAAGUAUUAGCAGUAGCUAUUGCAUUUACUUAAGGACCACCAUUUAGAUAAUAAAUAUACAAAAAUAUUCCAUAUAUUAUAACUGUAACCUUAGGAAUCUUAGGACACAUUUUUGUUAUCUUUUAUCCAGAUGGAUUUUAACAUUUAGAAGUAAUACAUAUUUUAUAAAUUAGAUUGUAUCAAUUACUUCAUUAAGAUUUUAAUGGAUUAUUGUUGGAUUUAGUUUAGUCAUUGCUGUUUUUAUUAUUCUUUAUGAAAAAUUUGUAACUUCAGCUUUAGUCAAAAAAUACUCUCAAGAAGAUAUUAAUUUAUCAGCUUGA